CGUCAGCCGCGCACAUCGCCCCUGACUCUCUCUGGGAUAAGGUGGUACCACAUCACUGCAUUCCCACACUGCUUUUUAUUUACUUCCCUUUAUUUGUAAUCACACAGCAAGCUCGUAUUCAUUUCAAGUCCUAUUAUUUAACCUCAGUCGGGUCGAUGUAUAUAGACGCGUUCAAACGGAUCCUCUUUGAAAGGCUGAACUGCUUGAAAAGGAUGUGUGUGUGUCAGCGACAAGGCAGCUCCUUCGCCAUGUCCAAGACAGCCGUGAGGAAGCUGCACUGGCGGUCCAAGGUGCAGGACACCUUCGUGCCUUUGCGCGACGCGUCGGGGGAGCCGGCUGUCGCCAUCGGCGGAGGAGCAGAUUACGGAGAGUUUCCUUUUGUCAUAUCGGCUCCGGGGGGCGGACUCGCAGUGGGGGACAUCAUCCUGGAGAUUGGGGGAACACCGGUAUUGGGGAUGACUUUGGGAGACGUCCGCGGCGUCCUCAGCUCCUGCCCUCAUCCGAUCCGCGCCAAAACCGUGUCACCAGGCUCCACAUUGUGCAAGGACCUCAGGUUGUUUCUGAGCAAGUGUUUCACGCCCGGUUCAGUGGACAGCCAACUUCAGCAGGUCAUCCGAGAGAACCUCUACCUCCGGGCGGUGCCCUGUACAACCAGAGAGCGUAGAGAAGGCGAGAUCGCCGGCGUAGACUACAACUUUGUCACCAUCGAGGAGUUCUUCUCCUUGGAGGAGUUGGGAGCGCUUCUCGAGAGUGGAAAGUUCAAAGGUAAUUACUACGGCACGCCUCGGCCCGUUCACAUCAGUGCAGAGAGCCCCCCCAUCACCUAUCAGGAACACCGCAACCUCCUCAGAAACUUCCCCACACGCUGCAAAUCCCUCAGCAACCUGGAGAAGGCUGCAGAGGACGGGGAGAACAGUGAGGAAGACUCCGGUCUGUCAGCAGGCUCCGCAGGUGUUGGCAGCAGCAUCCCCACCAGCCGCCGGUCCCCCGGGCGGCCCCGGGCAUUCAGCCAGGGGGAUGGGCACGUCGUGGAGAACGGGUUCGCCGGCGUGAGAGGCGCGAUGCCUGAUCACUGGGAGCAGGCUUUCAGUGAUACGGGAGAGUCUCCCUACAUAGAUCGCAACCAUAAGAGGACGUACUGGCGGAGUCGUCGAGGCUCGAGCAGGGAGACCGCCUGCAGAAACGAGUGGUUCACGGACCAGCCCGGGGAGCUCAGGGGGUUUGCUGUGCACACACAUCUGACAAAGGGCUCCAGAGGGUUUGGUUUCAAUAUUGUCGGGGGCAGCAGGCCGAGAGAGUUCCUCCAGGUCUACAGUGUGACUGCAAGUGGACCCUCAGCUCUAAAAACAGCGGACAUCCUGGUCUACAUCAAUGACGUCUGUGUGCUGGGAGUGUCCCACAAGGAGGUGGUGGAGAUGCUCAAGUCGGUCCCCGUGGGCCACAGCGUGGACGUAGAGGUCAGGAGAGGUUACCCCAUGCUCUACAACCCCGACGGUUGCCCCAAGCAGGAUCCGAACCGACCGCCGCCGCCGACCACCACCCAGCCUCAGCCGCUGCACCAGCUGCCCCGCCUCCCGACGCCCACCCUCCACUUCGACUACGACGCGCUGCGCGCCGACGGCAGCAGCUACGUGGAGCCCGGGAUGACUCUGGACGCCAACGGGAACGCCGUGUCCUUCGGCGCCAGACAGUCACCCUUAUUCAGGCGCUCCAGUGUGACCACCACUGCCUCGCCGUCGCCGGUGCGUCCUCCGCGCUCGCUGAGGAGCUUGGCCAGGCUGCAGUCGUUUGACCCGACGCUCGCCAGCCAGAGUGACAGCGAAGUCGUCUCCGCCAUCGGUUCACACAGGGCGUCAAUGAUCCGCAAUCACAACAACAACUCCCUCUCGACGCCCCCCCAUCCUUAUCGCUACGGCGCAUUCAAGUCGUCAGAGAGCGACGUCUCCACCCUGUCGGGGUCCCGGCUCCCCCUGCCUCAGUCGCCGAGGAGGCCCUCCUCCUCUCCCGGCGGCCCCCGCGGCGCUCACUCCCGCCUCCUCAGGCCGCACAGCGCCCACCUCAGGCCUCCCCCCACCCCCGACAGCCCCCGCCACUACCACUGCUUCAACAGUUUCCAUGCCAACACCAGCCCCACCGCCAGCCCGAGCAGCGUGUCCUCGCCCGGGGGGAUGAGUGUGUGCAGCGGCGUCGGCGGUCUGAGCGGAGGGGAGCUGGUGCCGGUGGCCUUGGCCCAGACCGAAGGGGGCCAAGGGCUCGGCUUCAGUGUGACAGCCGGCGGGCAAGGGGGCCGGGUGACCGUCGUGAACAGAGUCUGGGACAGGAAGCAGUGCAGCUCCCUGCAGCCAGGGGACGCCAUCGUUAAGAUCAACGGCGCAGAUGUUCAGAGUCUUACUUUUGGGCAGGUACAAACAAUUCUCCAGGAACACGCCAAGCAGGCGGAAGUCAUCUUGUUGAUUUACAGAGGAGGCAUCUAUCAUUCAACCAUCUCCCCCGGCUCUAAUCGGCGACUGCCCCCGCCUCUCCUCCACCCUCCUCCUCCACCCGUCGGUUCCGACAUCUCCGCUGGGCUGCCGGAGGCGCUGCUCUUUCCCCGGGCCUCCGUCAGCAGCCCUCCCUCCCCGGCCCCGAAGCGCUCCUCGCUCAUCCAGAGCACCAGCUUCCUGGAGUCGAUUCCAGUGACGCUGACGAUGGAACCCAACGACUGGAUCAACGCCGGCCUGGAGGACGAGGCGGCCGGCGUCCCGGGGCCCGACUCGGGCGCGGAGAGGCGCGGCGGCGGGCGAGCUCGGCCGCUGCGAGGGUUCGACGUGGAGCUGAGGAGGAAGCCUGGGGAGGGCUUCGGGUUCGUCAUCGCCUCUCAGGACGUGGCGAGUGGAAGAGCGGCCUCCCUUCUGCCUCACCGGUUUGUGACGGUGCGGCGAGGCAGCCCGGCGGCCAAGAGCGGCCAGGUCCGCCCCGGGGAUCGCCUGGAGGCGGUGGAGGGGCGCCCGGUGGUGACCCUGCCUCACCGGGAGCUGGCUCAGAUCCUCCGCCGGGCGGGAAACACUCUGCGCCUCACCAUCGUCCCCCGCCCCAGCACCUAUUCCUCCAGCCUCUCAGAACCCGCUGAGUUGGACUCCGGUCACAGAAGCAGAAGGGGUCAGAGGUCCCGUCCGAAGAGGGACUCCAGGUACUACAGCGUCGACCUGGACCGCGGCCCAUCGGGCUUCGGCUUCAGCCUCCGGGGGGGGAGUGAGUACAACAUGGGCCUCUACGUCCUGGGGCUGAUGGAGGGGGGGCCGGCCUCACGGAGCACCAAAAUGCAGGUCAGCGAUCAGCUGGUGGAGAUCAGCGGGGACAGCACGGCGGGGAUGACCCACAGCCAGGCGGUGGAGCAGAUCCGCAGAGGAGGUCAGCGCAUCCACCUGGUGCUGAAGAGAGGGAACGGCUACGUGCCCGACUACGGCCGUGAGCACAGAAUCACCUCCCCCUCCCCCCCGCAUAACCCCGAGGAGCAGGGUUUGGCUGCAGUAGACUCCAACGGGCGGAAGGGGCACAGCUUCAAGAAGAAGAAGAAGAAGAGGAGAAGCCGGUCUUCAGGUGGACUCGAGAAGGAGAGAUGGUUGGAAAGGGGCAGACGAGGCGGGAUCUCAGAAGAAGGAGGACUUCAUGGUCCACAGAACCCCUUCUCUCUGCUGGGAGGGAGGUCUCAGGAAUCCGGGGACAAGGGGCGACGCAGGGGGAGAAAAACAGGGUCUCAGAGUUUACCCCGAGAUGCCCUCAGAAAUCAUGGGGAUGGAGAUGCAGACCGAGGGACCUCCAGGGGAAGGAAACACGAGAGGAGGGGCGGGACGAGCAAAAGCAGAGAGAGCAAAAGUCAAAGUGAGGAGAGGAAGACAGAGGGUGAGGAGCCUGAGGAGGAAGAGCAGAGGGUGCGUGCUGUUGAGGAAAGGGUGGCAGAAAAGGCGGAGGAGGUGGAGGAGAGAGUCAGUUUUGAGUUCAGUUCGGGAGACGAUAGUGAAGACGAUGUUUUCUUACCCAUUCCAAUUCCCAACCAAAAGAUUCCCAGACCUAAAGAAAACUGGGAGGCCGAGUGGGAGGGAGAGGGGGGCGUGGUCGCCGGCUACAGGGAACCGUGGAAAGAGACGGAGCGGACGGAGAGGCCAUGGCCCGAUGACCGGGGGCACAGCAGAGAGGCAGAACCCAACGAGGAUCAGGGAGACGAUGACGCACAGAGCUGGCCUCUACCGGCGUCGCAGAGCAGGCCCUUCUCCUUCCUCACCUCCACGCUGUCCCUGGAGCCGCUGGGGGAUGAUGAUGAUGAUGAUGAGGAUGAUGAUGAGGAUGAUGAUGAUGAUGAUCAUGAGUCAGAGUCCGCGGGCAGCCAAUCUGACGGCAGCGCGUCCGCUGCCAGCAUCUCGGGCCUUUCUCUGGCCGCCACAGGAGCUGGCGGGCGCAGGGCCUCGGCGCUCCCGGGCCCCUGGCUCACCCCCAGCCAGCAGAGGGGGGGGCCGGUGGCAGAGGGGGACCGGAGACCCGAGAGGCGGACGGGGCAGGGGGGAGGGGGAGGCGGCAUCUCUUGACUACCGCAGCAGCGGAGACUUGUUGUUCUGCAGCUUGUCACUCUACCGCCGUUUCCUCUCAGCCAUUUUGACAUCUACAGUAGAAUGAAGUCAUAUUCUUUGUGCCUUUUCACAGCGGACCUCUGGCUGAUGUUACAUUUCGAUCACAUUUUGACCUGUAAAUGACACCAACAUGGUAAAGUCUGUUUGUUUUUUUUGUCCGAGGAGCUGUUGCCCUCAUUACGUUUCACUCCUCUCUUUACAUUUUGCAGCAUUUGUUAUAGAGGUUUCCAUGACGACACGGUAUUUUUGUGCACCUCCGUUUAUACCUGCUUCCUGUCUUUACGAUACCUCUCUGCCGUCUGUCUUCACACCGCGUUAGCGGUGAGUAAUCCCCUCUGAAAACACCCCUCCUUCUGUCCAAGGACUGCUUAGACAUUCACUUAUACCUCACGAAGAUACUGAGCAAUAACGAUGCCGCUGUCUUAGACUGUCAGUCGUACUUUUCCGCUUCGCCACGCAGUCUGGUCUGAGGAGACGGUGUAACGUGUUUGUACAAGACCUGUCCAAUGUGGACGCCUGCGACGAGUUGUCACGUUCCAUAUAACUGAAUAUUUGAUUGUGUUAAUGCAAAUCCCUUUUUACAGCAGGUGUUAAAUCUAUAUUCUGUACAUAUUUGUAGAAACGUAUACAACUAGAGCCAAGCCCUGAUUUGUAUUCCUGUAUUGUACAUGAUAAGACUAUAUAUUAUAUAUAAAUGAAUAUAUGCAGUAUAUCUUUAUCUAUAUAUUACAUACAAUAGAUGCCAAGUUAUAUUAUUGUGUGACGAGAAAUUAAGUGAAGUGGUAAAUAGCUUUUGCGAUGGCGCAAAAUGUAAACAGACUAAGAACUAUAUAGUAAAUGCCCUGUUCAUACAUGAAUGUGUUGUAAUAUGCUGCUAGAGUGUGAAUUAGGAUACUCUAUGUUGUACCCUACUUCAAAAGUCAGCAAAGGAUGCCAAAAAAGUGCAUCCGGUGUGCAUAUUUCAAGUACUGUUAAAAUUGUGUAUGUGGGGUCUGAACAAUAACACCGUCUAGUUUCUAUCUAGAGAGUGCUGUGCCCGUCGUGCCACGUACAGUUGCCUUGGUAACAUAAAUCACUUUAUCCUAACCGAUGAUUUUUCUUACUGUGAAAGCCCCCCCCCAGCUCUGACGUCUGUAGCACGAGAGUAGGGCAGAACAUUUAUUCAUUCCAGUCAUGCCAAAAAACAAAGGGCCCUUACUGUAAAUCCACAAAAAACAACAAGAUCAUAAGCCUCUGCAGAAUAUGAGCUCAGUGUUGCAUUUAAUUUGGCCAAAAAGCAUAAGCAUUAAAAAAACAUUACAGAGAAUGGAUACUGUGAGAUGCUAUUUUUCUAUGAAGUUAUCUUUUUUGGAAUUCUCAGGUUUUCAGAUACUUUUGCUUUUGAAAAGCCAUUAGGAAGAAAAUCUACAAAAGGGACACCGUGUUCACAACCUAGAGGGUAGAUUUGUGGUGUUUAAAUCUCAAAGCAACGUUAUGUUGAUUCUUUACGGCAGCUUUCGGAGACACAGACUGUUACAGGUGUUUGUCACCCGUUCAUAAUCACCCUAAGGUAGAUGCUCUUUAUCAAUUUCAGACAUUAACCAAACUGGAACAGCUCGGUGUGCCCUGCCCGUUUGAUUGGGUGGUUUUUUGUUGUUUUAAAGCAGUGAGGAAACCGACACACUUCCCCCCCCCUGGCCAGUCACCGCCCACAGCAGCUCGUAGCCUACACGUCAAAGACUUAUUUUAUAGCGUUUGUUAAUGUUCUUUUUUUAGACUUUUUCAUUUCCAAUAUGGGGCGAACUGUAAACACAUUCUCAUAAAUAAAUGCAAAUAAACUGCUGAACUCA